CCAAUGUGGACGGCUGGGACACUGAAGCAAUGCCAAGGAAGAGGGCGGGAAUAAACGUGAAUAGUUUGGGAGGCAGUCGGACAGACAGGCAGCAGACACGGGAAGUUGUCCUGAAGGAAUUUCUGACAGUAAUGGAAAAUAUUGAGGCUCAGGACUUUAGUGUAGAAUAACCACAACUCAUCGUUAUUAGAAUAUAGACGUCGUUCCUAUCAAACUUUGACUUUAAAGACACGAAGGUAACGUUAACGGUAGAAUCAAUGAGUUCGGCGGACACCAGACGUAUAGUUAAGGCAGGACACAGAAAUGGGGGAACGGAGAAAGGAUUCGUCCAGAAGGUCCAUUGUCCACACCCAAGCCUGGAUGAUUCAUUGGAGGGAGAUAUUCAGGCCUUCCUCAUUGAUGAAGACCAACUCCACACUUAUGACGACCUCACCAAAGUUAACCCAGUGACCCCAACAACAGUGCUGAAAUGCCUGCAGGCCAGGUACAGUGUGAAGGUGUUCUACACCCAUGCUGGCUGCACCUUGGUGGCUCUUAACCCCUUCCAGCCAAUCCCUGACCUCUACAGUCUGGAUGUGAUGAAGGAGUAUCACUGCGCUCCUCAGCCCCAGGAGUUCAAACCACAUAUCUUUAUUGUGGCAGAAGAAGCCUACAGAAAUGUUCAGGGCCAGCUGGAGCCAGUGAACCAAUCACUGGUGGUCAGCGGUGAGAGCGGGGCAGGAAAGACAUGGACGUCUCGUUGCCUGAUGAAAUACUACGCUACUGUGGCGGCCUCCUCCUCAGUGUUGAAGAGUCAGGACACAGUGGAGAGGAUAGAGAGGAGGGUGCUGGACUCCAACCCCAUCAUGGAAGCUUUCGGCAAUGCCUGUACGCUACGGAACAACCACAGCAGUCGCUUUGGAAAGUACAUCCAGCUCCAGCUAGACAGAUGUCAGCUGUUAGUGGGGGCAUCUGUGCAAACGUAUUUGCUCGAGAAGACCAGGGUGGCUUGCCAACUGGCUAAUGAGAGGAACUUCCACAUAUUUUACCAGAUGAUGAAAGAGGCCACGGAUGAGCAGAGAAAGGAGUGGAAGAUUCCACGUGGCCAACACUUUGUGUGGCUGCCAAAUUCAGAAAAAACAUUGGAGGAGGAUUGUUUUCAUGAGACUGUCGCGGCAAUGGUUCAUCUGGGCAUUAAUGAGGAAAGGCAGAGACAAAUAUUUAAGAUAUUAGCAGGGAUUCUGCAGUUGGGGAAUUUGAAUUUCUCCUCUUCAACGGAUGAAUCACAGCCUUGUGACCUAGAUGAACAGUCCAAAGACUUCUUGCAGAGGGCCGCGGAGCUGCUGUGUGUCCCAGCUGAGGAGCUUCAGAUGUGUUUAAGAGUGAGGACGUUGAAGGCGGGGAAGCAGAGCGUUCUCAAGCCCUGUUCCCAGGCGGAGUGCAGCAUGAGGAGAGUCUGCCUGGCCAAGGCCAUCUACGCCCAAUUAUUUGAGUGGCUGGUUACAUUCAUCAACAGCAGCAUAUGUGCAGAAACAUCCACAUGGUGCAACUUCAUAGGAGUUCUAGACGUGUACGGGUUUGAGUGUUUCCAGAUCAAUAACCUGGAGCAGCUGUGCAUCAACUAUGCCAAUGAGAAACUGCAGCAGCACUUUGUGGCUCAUUAUCUCCGAGCUCAGCAGGAGGAAUAUGUGUCAGAGGGGUUGGAGUGGUCCUUCGUCAAAUACCAAGACAACCAGAGCUGUCUGGAUCUUCUAGAGGGAAGCCCCGUCAGUGUCUUUUCUCUACUUAAUGAGGAGAGUCGUCUUAAUCGAGCCUCGGACUCAAAGACAUUCAGGGUUCGUCUGGAGAAGGAGCUCGGUGAUAAUGCCAACAUCAGCUGGGACAAGUUGAGCAAGGAGCCACACUUCACCGUGGCCCAUUACGCUGGCAAAGUCAACUACCAGAUGGAGGGCAUGGUGGAGAAAAACAAGGACCCCGUCCCACCAGAGCUUAUUAACCUGCUGCAGAAGUCUGACAACCCCCUGCUUCACCAGAUCUUCACCGACAGCGAAACUGAGAACCCAACUACCAAGGGGCUCAGUAGAGUCACUGUGGUCUCCAAGUUCAAGAACUCUCUGGAGAACCUGAUGAAGAUCCUCCACAGCACAACUCCUCAUUACACUCGCUGCAUCAAACCCAACCCGGACUGCAGUCCGCUGAGCUUCAAAAAGGAGGAGGUUAUCAUGCAGCUGAAGGCCUGUGGGAUUGUGGAGACUAUUCACAUCAGUGCUGCCGGCUUUCCCAUAAGAAUUCCUUUCCAAGGCUUCAUGCAACGCUACGGACUGAUAGCAAAAUAUUCACAGUUCAAGUUGGGGAGUCAUUGCGUUGAUGUGGAGGCUGACAGCAACAGUGUUCUUCGGCAAGAGGUGGAGGAGCUCCUCGGGGUCGUGUUAGAGCACUCGAACAAACUUGACAGUAAAAAACCCAAUUCAUGGGUGCACUGCGGAAGGACUAAAGUUUUUCUUACCCAAUUGAUGCUGGAUUUGCUGGAGGAUCAGAGGAAGAAGAUCCUGUCUCGGUGUGCCUUCUCCAUUCAGUGCUGCUGGCAGCGGUACCAGCGCCGCCGACGCCACGCCCGCCAGCGGUCUGCCACUCUGAUCCAAGCAGCGCUGCGGUCCUGGCUGGUCAGGAGGCGGGUCCAGAGAUGGAACAGAGCCGCUGCAGUCAUCCAGAAUACCUGGAGGAAGCGCAGGGCACUAUUCAAAUCCUUGGCUGAAGCAGAACUGGAUGAUGUGGAGGACUUUGUGGGGACAGACAAUGCGCCAGAAUUGGACCCUGUUAUCAGGGAGCGGGGCUUGGUGCAGGUCUCCUCCAUCCAGGAGCCUGUCCCAGUGCGAGGGUGGCCCAUGGGCCUGGCUCUGGCCUCGGCCCCCUCCAUCACCAUGUCUCUGACAGCCUCAGGCUUCCAGAAGAUGAUGUCUGUGAUGGCGUCCCUCAGCCUGCCCUCCGCGAGGAGGGGGUAUAAGGUGGAGCCCAACCAGUACUCCCAGGAACUGGCCUCCAUACGGGCUCAACCUAAGGGCUCUGUGAAGCUGCACUAUCGGCGAUCUCCACUUCUCUACGCCGACAGGCAACCGGACGCGAAGAGCGACGCCACAGGGUUCAACGCCAUCCUCCUAGAGAAAACUCUGUGAGAGUCCCCCCCCCCCCCCCCCCCCCCCGUCUGCACAACACUAAAGGCUGUUGUCAUGGACACAGAUUAAGGACAACCUGGCACACAGUUGCUUUUGCAGGGACACAUCUGCUCUUCCAUAAUCCGACACAGAGGGAACAAACCUGGUAUUGUAUGAUGUCAGUUUGUCAAAUGUGUUUAAAGUUUUUAUUUAGACCUUCUUUUUUUUAAGAAUGCCAAAGUUUUAUUUUGCAUCUCAAUUGUUUUUUUUACAAAGGUGCAAAACCUGCACCCUGACAUAAUAUCUGAAGUCACCAGGAGGUCGGGGAACCUAACGCACUGCCAUGAACCUGAUUGACUUUGCGUGGAUCAUUUUAGUUACACUCAGGCUCUAGGGACAAAAAAAAAGGAUCUCUAAUUCAAAAUCUCAGACAGAACACUAUCCAGAGACCCUGACCACUGACCCGCCACUUCUGAGAUAAGCAAUAUAGACAACAAUGAAUGGGGUGUAAGAAAAACUCAUUUUUACGAGUCUUUGUCUGGACAAGUGAACUGACAUGGCACAACCUUAGCGCCUUUAAAGGAGAGGACUGCAGGUUUGGGUCUCAUUGCUGCCUUUUUGGAACGUCUUGACUAUCAAUCAAAGCCUGGACCUUUGCAGAGUGCCUUUCUCAAAAACUACACUCAAAUGACAGAUGGGCUGUUAGUGUAUUUAUUUAAGGGUGAUAAUUUAUGUGUGAUUUUAUAGAUAUGUAUUUUUGGUGUAAAAACACAUGGGUCAGAUGCAGAUAUGAUUGCAGAUGUAUUCACAACAUCCAGCAUGGGGGGGGGGGAAUUAAGCAAGUUUUGCACAUUUAAAGCACAUAUUGCACAUCAAAACCACACACACAGCAACAUGAACAAGCUGACACAUUACUUAUGUAAAACAGGGAAUGAAUGAACCCAGGUUUAUUAAAAUUGCUGCUUAUUGUUUGAUAAAGGGCUUGUAGACAUACAGUGCUGCUCAUGAGUAUAGGAAACCAUGCUUAAGUUGACUAAAAGAGGAAUAAAAAAAAAAUCAUCUUUUGGAAAUGGAUCUUAUUGCCUUCAUUUAAAAAUAAGGAAAAAUCCAAGGCAUUAAGAUCAAUUUCCAAAAGAUUUUUUUUAUUCCUCUUUUUGAUCAACUCAUGCAGUGGUUCCUAUAUUCAUGAGCAGCACUGUGUGUAAAAUGUUUGCCAAAACCACUUCCAGUAUGAAUUUUAAUCCAAAGCAUUAAUGCAAGCACUGUACAACAUACCAAAGUCUUUUCCAUGUGGGAGAACAAAUCAUCUUUUUGCUAAAUUGAUAAUAAAAUGACUAAUUUAACUUAACACCGACGUUUGUCAUCCUAGCUUUUGCAUAUCUUCAUUUGCCCGUUCAAUAAUUUCUCUUUUUAACCUUUUCCAGCUAUGGCUUCACUGUCAUAUCACUCAUUAUGACAGUCUGUAAUUUGAAAUCUGUAGUUUAACGGUACCAAAAGAUCAAGGUACAACUUGUAUUAUGUCAUUUAAAUGACUGAUUUGUUGAAAUAAACAUUAUGGUUAUAGAA